UAUUUCCCUUUUAGACUUUCUGGAUAAGUGGAGAAGACAGUUGUCUCGAGACAAGGCGACACAACCUUGUUCAGGAUGUCUGAAGAUGAAGAAAAAGUGAAAUUGCGCCGUCUUGAACCAGCUAUACAGAAGUUUAUGAAAGUAGUCAUCCCAACAGACCUGGAGAGGUUAAGAAAGCACCAGCUCAAUAUUGAGAAGUACCAGAGAUGUAGACUGUGGGACAAGCUGCAUGAAGAGCAUAUCAACGCAGGACGGACAGUCCAGCAACUCCGUUCCAAUAUCCGAGAAAUGGAAAAACUUUGUUUGAAAGUCCGAAAGGAGGACCUGGGCCUUCUAAAGAGAAUGAUCGAGCCUGUUAAGGAAGCAGCAGCAGCAGCCACGGCAGAAUUUCUACAGCUACAUUUGGAAUCUGUAGAAGAACUUAAGAAACAGUUUAAUGAUGAAGAAACCAUACGACAGCCUUUGACCAGAUCCGUGACUGUUGGUGGAGCAUUUCCUGCUGCUGCAGCUGACGACCCUCAAAGUUUGACUCAGCUACACGCACUGCCUGAGAUUCCUCCAGAUCAAAAUGCUGCAGAAUCAUGGGAAACUUUAGAAGCGGAUUUAAUUGAACUUGGCCAGCUGGUGACUGAUUUCUCUGUCCUAGUGAAUUCUCAGCAGGAGAAGAUCGACAGCAUUGAAGACCAUGUCAACAGUGCUGCUGUGAAUGUUGAAGAGGGAACCAAAAACCUGGGGAAGGCUGCAAAAUACAAGCUGGCAGCUCUGCCUGUGGCAGGUGCACUCAUCGGAGGAGUGGUAGGGGGUCCGAUUGGGCUCCUCGCAGGCUUCAAAGUGGCAGGAAUCGCAGCUGCACUUGGUGGUGGGGUGUUGGGCUUCACAGGUGGAAAAUUGAUACAAAGAAGGAAACAGAAAAUGAUGGAGGAGCUCGCUUCCAGCUGUCCGGACCUUCCUAGCCAAACUGACAGAAAAUGCAGCUAAAAGCCAAAGUCGGCAUUCGAGACUUCCUGAUUCUCAACAAUGAACUCCAAAUCAGUAUCCGAUGUCAGUUACCUGUAAGAUCGGGAUCAUUGUUUGCAUUCCAUGUUUCCCCAAUUUACUGGCCCUCCCUGCUCCUUUCUUUACCUUGGAAGAUUUAAAUCUGAACGAGAAUCAGAAUUACCCAGUAUGUUUAUUUAAAACAAGAUUCCCAGGGGAGUUGGACGGUAGCGCCAUAAAAGCACAAGGACCUGUGGAAGGAUCCGGGUUUGAGCUCCCCACCUGCAGGGGAGUCGCUUCACAGGCAGUGAAGCAGGUCUGCAGGUGUCUGUCUUUCUCUCCCCCCUCUCUGUCUUCCCCUCCUCUCUCCAUUUCUCUCUGUCCUAUCUGAAAAUGAUGACAACAAUAGCAAUAAUAACUACAACAAUAAAAAAUCACGAAGGCAACAAAAGGGAAAAUAAAUAAAUAUAAAAAAUAAAAACAUAUGUAAAAAAUUUUAAAAAAUAAAAUAAGACUCCCGGGGCCAGGUGGUGGCACACCUGGCUGAAUGCACGUUACUAAGCACAGAGACCCUGGUUCAAGCCCCUGGCCCUCAACUGCAGGGAUGAAGAUUGUUGAGUGAAGCAGUGCGGCAGGUGUCUCCUCUCCUCUCCCCGUUCCAUCUCAGCUUCUCUGUCUCUAUUCAACAAAUGAGUGAAUAAAAGAUAUUCCUAAAUUCAGUCUGUAGGGUGAUUAGAAUAAUGUCCAGUUCAGACACAUCAGCUAAAUUUAUACACUGGAGAUACACAGUUAAAUCAAGAUUCAACUGUGUGGGCAGGGGUACUAGCAAAAUGGUUUUGUUAAAGAGGCUCUCGUGCCUGAGGCUCCAAAGUCCCAGGUUCAAUUCCCCACAUCACCAUAAGCCAGAGCUGAGCAGUGCUCUGGUAAAAAUAAUAAUAAUACACUGGUAUCAUUGAAUUUUAUAUAGUUUCUAGUAUAUACUCUUCAACAUGGCCUGGUCAUCAUCACUGUAUAUUAAUACUCCGCCAACCCAGAAUUGACGUGCUUUUAGCCUGUCCUCUGAGCAACACUGGGGAUUCAUAAUUCAGGCUGGUUUCACAUCAUCGUCUAAAGGAGGCAUGGACUGAAGCUUACAUUUGGUUUGGAGAGCUCACCAGUUCUUCUCCUUCUUCUCCUUCUCCUUCUCCUUCUCCUCCUUCUCCUCCUUCUUCUGCUUCUGCUUCUUCCUCCUUCUCCUCCUCCUUCUUCUUUCUUCAUUUUCUUCUUCUUUCUUCUCCUCCUCCUCUUUCUUCUCCUUUCUCCUUUUCCUCCUCCUCAUCUUCCUCCUCCUCUUCUUCUUCCUUCUCCUCUUCCUCCUCCUCUUUCCCUUCCUCUUCCUCCUCCUCCUUCCAUUUUAUUUAUAACUGAUCUGGAGCAGGGCUCCAGUAUACACAUUAAGGCUUCUGAGCUCUCCUACUCAUCAAGACUGGGACAUUACUCUAGCAGCCUUCAUGCUUAAACAGAAGUAAACCCCCCCCCUUAUUUUUCUUCCUUCUUUUUUCUUUUUUUGCCACAGGAGUUCUCAUGAGGGCUUGGUGCCUGCAUGAGGACUCCCCCAGUUUUGAUGGCCACAUGUUUAUAUUUUCCUUCCCCUCCCCUUUCUUUUGGAAAGAAAGCAUGAGAGAGAGAAAUCGGAAGGGCAGCGGGGAGGGAAAAGAGGGUGAGAGGCAGCUGGAACGCGGUCUGUUCCCCAGUGCUCACGAAACUCCUUGCCUGCAGGUGGAGCCCAGGGCUUGGAACUUUGGUCCUUGUGCCUGGUAAUGUGCACUUUACCUGCUGAGCCACCAUCAGCCAACAAGUUAUAUUGUCCUUUAAAAAAUUUUUAUAGGGGCCGGGUGGUGGCACACCCAGGUUUGAGCUCCCGGUCCCCACCUGUAGGGGGAAAGCUUCACAAAUGGUGAAGCAGGGCUGCAGGUGUCUCUCUGUCUCUCUCCCCCUCAGUUAUCCCCUUCCCUCUCCAUUUCUGGCUGUCUCUAUCUAAUAAAUAAAGAUUAAAAAAAUAAAAGUCUUAUAAAUUUUUUUCAUAAACACCAUUCCACAACCAAAAUACUGUAUAUAUUAUUUAAAAAUUUUAUAAUAAAAAAUUAUCUAGAAAUUAUAUCUGAUUUCUCCAUAAUAGAUCUUAAUAAGCCAGCUUUUAGUAGAAAUUUCUAGAACUGUAUAGUGAUAUAAAGUAUCCACAAGUAUAAAUUAAUAUGACACAGAAACUGAUCUUAAAAUUAAAUGUCCUAAUUACAAGGUUAAAUUCACUUUCUCUAUGAUUCAUGUCUUAUUUUUACUGUGAUGACUGAGAAUAUAGGGAAUAUUUGUUUUUUUAAUUGUAUUAGUGUUUUAAUAAUGAUUGAUAAGAUUGUAGGACAAAGGGAGGACAAUUUCAUAUAAUUCCUACCACCAGAGUUCCAUAUCCCAUCCCCUCCAUUAGAGGUUUCCCUAUUCUUUAUCCCUCUGGGAGUAUGAGCCCAGAAACUUUAGGGGAGCAGAAUGUGGGAGGUCUGGCUUCUGUAAUUGCUUCUCUUCUGGACAUGGGUGUUGGCAGAUGGAUCCUUACCUCCCAGCCUGUUUCUGUCUUUCUCUAGUGGGAUAGGGCUCUGGAGAGAUAUAUUUUCAGCCAUAUUUUCUGUCAGGCAGGUUUACUUUGAAAUUACACAUGCCACUUGUCAUGCAGUUGUAUAGAAAGAGAGAAAGGGAGAAAAAAGAAAGGAAGAAAGGAGAGAAAACUUUUUUUCUCACAAAGUAUCCCGUAGCCUCAAAGAUUUUAAUGGUGGCCAGUGGAGACGUACUUCAUAGCAAAUUUGAUCUUUAAAUGAUAAAAUUAAAAGUGUACACUUCCCACCCACCUAACCUACUACAGCUGUUCCGAUAUCCAUAUGGGCUAAUCAGCACUUAAGCACUGCUUUUAUAUUUAAUAUAAAUACGAAUUCUAAUAGUAGUGCUCUUACCUUUACUACUCUUUUUCCCUCCUUGUCCUGGGGCUCAAACCUAGUGCUUCAUACAUACACAUGCACUGUGCCAAAGCCGUGCUUUUAAAAACAGUUUGCCACAACUACAGAGCCAAAUGACUGUUUCUCUUUAGUGCCUUUGGGAAGCCGUGCACAUGGCGCAGUGAAGCUAGUGUCACUUAGCACAUUUUUGAA